AUGUCUUUUAAAUUAAUGCCUGGUUGGGACAAGCCGAUGGAGGAGCCAGUGGUACAUGCCGCUUCAAAAAACCCCGCUGGUGAAAAUGAAGUCUUCUUUGCGGCCCCGCACAAGUACAACUUGGCUCUGACACGAGGAUUUUACUUCUCUCUCCGCCUGCCCGACUGGGCCAGAGAUUUUAAACUGCAGACCCGUGAGAUACUUUCCCAUCGCUUUGAUCCGCUAAUGAGAAACUAUGGCAGAAAGGGCGAAAGUCUGAAGCAAUCUAAUCCCUACGGAGAUUCUCGAUCGGAGCGUUAUGGCUUGACUUAUUUGGAGAGCCCAUUCUUUGAGGGCGUAACGCGAGAGAAGGCCAGGAGAGGGGAACGAUUGCCCAAGAUAAAGGAUGAUUGGACGUGCCGCAAGCGAGUUACCAGUCCCCAGAUGCCUUUGCCUUAG